AUGAAUUUUCCUCAACCAAAGAUGCAACAGAUUCAACAGUUAUUACAUAAAUAUCAAGAUUUAUGGGCAAUUGAUGUAACAAUGUACGAGAUUGGAAGUUCUCGUCUAGUUCUUCCGCAGCCGCCAAUCGAAUUUUUAAUUGAUCUAUGUAGAGGAGUAAAAGAAUUGUUUGAACAAGAACCAGUAGUGCUCAGAAUUAACGAAAAUUGUGUUAUAUUAGGAGAUUUGCAUGGUCAUAUCCUUGAUUUAUUUAGAGUUUUAAGAAAAUUCGGUUUACCGCCAACAAUACACUAUAUUUUUCUCGGUGAUUUAGUUGACAGAGGUGAGUUUAGCAUAGAAACUAUAACCCUUGUUUUCGUUCUUAAAGCUAUGUACCCGAAGCAUGUUCAUAUUGUUCGUGGUAAUCAUGAAUUCCUCGCUAUGUUCCAAUACGAUGGAUUUGCAAACCAAGUUGAAGAAACAUAUCAUAAUUCUACAGUAACUUUCAGUUUUGCUAACGCAUUUGCAUAUAUGCCAUUAGCCGCCGUUGUUUUCAACAAGAUCUUAUGUGUCCAUGGCGGCAUUGGCGCGGGUUUUACAAGUAUUUCUCAGCUUGAAAACGUCGGACGUCCUUUAAUUAAUUACGACUUUGAUCCAGUCAUCAGCGCUGUAUGGAGUGAUCCAAAAGAAGACGUAGAUGAUGGAUUUAUACCUUCAACUCGUGGAGUUGGAUACUUUUUCGGAAAGAAAGCUUUAGUUCAAUUUUUAACUUCUCAAAACUUAGAAAAGCUUGUCCGAGGCCAUGAACCAUGCGAAGGAGGUAUUAAAAAGAUGCUUGACGGAAAUUCAAUAACUGUUUUCGGCGCUUCCAAUUAUUGUAAUUACGGAAACAACAAAUCAGGCGUUUUACAUGUUACUAAUAACGGGUCUGUCCUCACUCCUCAUGUUUUCCCUCCAAUUAAAUAUAUUUUCAGACAAACCGCCAUAUUUGUUUCUACAACAGACUCCCACGUUAUAAUGGCUAACUCGAAGUCAUUACUAUCAGCAGGUAGCUCAAUUUGCGCUCGUCCAAUUCGAACUCCUGACCGAGAAAAAACAGAAUUACCUCGAAUGUCUAAACGCGCUUCAGGGAUUACUUCACAACUUUCUCUUCCGAUUUAUUCGGAUAAGAGUUUUGCUAGUACCGCAAGUUUAGUUUUAUCUAGAACUCACUGUAGAGCGAAUGAAUACAGUGGAGCAAUGCUUCCUCGUGCAGCUUCUGGAAAGAAAAGACGCUUAAGUCUUCCUCACUAA